AUGACAAGGGUUCUACAGCGAUUCAUAUGCAAAACCCAGGUGUCAUCUCAUCUCAUUCAACUCCAAUUCGGGCCUUUCAACUCCACCACACAACGUCGAUGGAAGAAACCAGCAGUCACUGCACAAACCCGGUUGGAAGACAGAACCAGAGACCUGAAGCUCGACAACCUCAUGACCAAUCUCCGCAAACUCAGCUUAAUCCUAAGCUUCCACAGCCUCAUGUCUGGUCGUAGAAGAGGACCCUUUGUUUCUGUUCAAAUCAUGUCUCGUUGGAACAGAAUCGUUGGUCUAAAUGUACCAAUUGGUGGGUUCCUCCGAAAAUAUCCCCAUGUCUUCGACGUAUUUCCUCACCCAGUUAAGCGAAACGUUUGUUGUAAAUUAACUUCCAAGAUGAUUCUCUUGCUUCAAGAAGAAAGCAACGCGAUUAGAGAUAUGGAAUCAGACACUGUCAAUCGGAUCAAGAAACUUCUAAUGAUCUCUGUCACAGGUACUCUCCACAUCCACGCGCUAAGAUUAAUCAAAAGGGAACUCGGUUUACCAGAUGAUUUCCGUGAAUCGAUUCUUUCAAAGUACAACGAAUUCGAGUUAGUAGAUCUGGAAAUAGUGAAAUUGAUCGACAGAGAUGGUGUUCCUGAAGAUUUAAAGGUAGCCGAAGUGGAGAAAUGGAGGGAGAGAGAGUAUAAAGAGAAAUGGUUGAGCGAAUUCGAAACCAAAUAUGCGUUUCCGAUCAAUUUCCCAACAGGAUUCAAAAUCAAAGCGGGAUUCAAACCAAAAUUGAAGGAAUGGCAAAGACUUCCUUACGUUAAACCCUAUGAACAGAAGGAGUCUUUUAGGGCUUCGAGCUGUGGAGGGAUUGAGCGAUUUGAGAAGCGAGCUGUUGGGAUUCUUCAUGAGCUUUUGAGUUUGACAGUGGAGAAGAUGAUUGAAGUUGAAAGAUUAGCACACUUUCGUAGAGAUUUUGGUAUUCCAGUUAAUGUUCGUGAGGUUAUUCUGAAAUAUCCCGGAAUCUUCUACAUAUCCACAAAGGGUAGCACUCAGAUGCUGUUUCUUAGAGAAGCUUAUUGUAAAGAUUGUCUUGUUUCACCGAAUCCUGUUUAUAUUGUUCGGAGGAAAAUGUUGGAUCUUGUUUUGAUGAGACGUCGGAAUACCAGAGAAUUGACAAGUCGACCAAGGGAUGUGAAGGAGAGUGUUGGUGGUGAUUGGAAUGGAGGUGGCGACUUAGAGGGUGAUUUUGUAAUUUCAAUUUUAGAAAAUUUUGAUGAUGAUAAUGAGAAUGAUCAGAGUAAUUGGGGGCGGAUCUUCUUCAAUAUUCGUUCCCCUCUCCCCUCCACGUUGCCGGACACAACUUUAUGGUCUCUCUCCCUAAUCGACGGUAGUCGGAAACUGGCUUCAACUCCUCCGCAUCUUUGUUUGAUCGCUUGUGUACACUUGCUAGUGUAA